AAAGGCAGAGAGAGUCGGGUUACAAGAUGGCGGAUCUGUAGUAGUUACCGCGGCGGCGGCGGGAGAGCGAGCGAGCCCUGUGGGGCAAAGGGACGGGAGGGUGGGUGUAUGAGGGGGUGAAGUGAGAGGUAACCGGGCCUCCGGGCGGAGGGUCUCAGUGGCUCUUGUCACCCGUUCUCGCGGCUGAACCUUUGAAGCCAUGGUGAAUUCGGGCCUCUCCGGGGCCGCCGCCACCACUACUGCCUCUACCGUCUCCCAAGAGUGAGGGGCGCGGACGAGGUGAGCGAGGAGGCGGCGGCUGGAGCGGUGGAGACAGCAGCCACCAUGUCGGAUACGCGGCGGCGAGUGAAGGUCUAUACCCUGAACGAAGACCGGCAAUGGGACGACCGAGGCACCGGGCACGUCUCCUCCACUUACGUGGAGGAGCUCAAGGGGAUGUCGCUGCUCGUUCGGGCAGAGUCCGACGGAUCACUACUCUUGGAAUCAAAGAUAAAUCCAAAUACUGCAUAUCAGAAACAACAGGAUACAUUAAUUGUUUGGUCAGAAGCAGAGAACUAUGAUUUAGCUCUGAGUUUUCAGGAAAAAGCUGGCUGUGAUGAGAUCUGGGAAAAAAUUUGUCAGGUUCAAGGUAAAGACCCAUCAGUGGAAGUCACACAGGACCUCAUUGAUGAAUCUGAAGAAGAACGAUUUGAAGAAAUGCCUGAAACUAGUCAUCUGAUUGACCUGCCCACAUGUGAACUCAAUAAACUUGAAGAGAUUGCUGACUUAGUUACCUCAGUGCUCUCCUCACCUAUCCGUAGGGAAAAGCUGGCUCUCGCCUUGGAAAAUGAAGGCUAUAUUAAAAAACUACUGCAGCUGUUCCAAGCUUGUGAGAACCUAGAAAACACUGAAGGCUUGCACCAUUUGUAUGAAAUUAUUAGAGGAAUCUUAUUCCUAAAUAAGGCAACUCUUUUUGAGGUAAUGUUUUCUGAUGAGUGUAUCAUGGAUGUCGUGGGAUGCCUUGAAUAUGACCCUGCUUUGGCUCAGCCAAAAAGACAUAGAGAAUUCUUGACCAAAACUGCAAAGUUUAAGGAAGUUAUACCAAUAACAGACUCUGAACUAAGGCAAAAAAUACAUCAGACUUACAGGGUACAGUACAUUCAGGACAUCAUUUUGCCCACACCAUCUGUUUUUGAAGAGAAUUUUCUUUCUACUCUUACGUCUUUUAUUUUCUUCAACAAAGUUGAGAUAGUCAGCAUGUUGCAGGAAGAUGAGAAGUUUUUGUCUGAAGUUUUUGCACAAUUAACAGAUGAGGCUACAGAUGAUGAUAAACGGCGUGAAUUGGUUAAUUUUUUCAAGGAAUUUUGUGCGUUUUCUCAGACAUUACAACCUCAAAACAGGGAUGCAUUUUUCAAAACAUUGGCAAAAUUGGGAAUUCUUCCUGCUCUUGAAAUUGUAAUGGGCAUGGAUGAUUUGCAAGUCAGAUCAGCUGCUACAGAUAUAUUUUCUUAUCUAGUAGAAUUUAGUCCAUCUAUGGUCCGAGAGUUUGUAAUGCAAGAAGCUCAGCAGAGUGAUGACGAUAUUCUUCUUAUUAAUGUGGUAAUUGAACAAAUGAUCUGUGAUACUGAUCCUGAGCUAGGAGGCGCUGUUCAGUUAAUGGGACUUCUUCGUACUCUAAUUGAUCCAGAGAACAUGCUGGCUACAACUAAUAAAACUGAAAAAAGUGAAUUUCUAAAUUUCUUCUACAACCAUUGUAUGCAUGUUCUCACAGCACCACUUUUGACCAAUACUUCAGAAGACAAAUGUGAAAAGGAUUUUUUUUUAAAACAUUACAGAUAUAGUUGGAGUUUCGUAUGUACCCCUUCACAUUCCCAUUCCCAUUCUACCCCCUCUUCCUCCAUCUCUCAAGAUAAUAUAGUUGGAUCAAACAAAAACAACACAAUUUGCCCUGAUAAUUAUCAAACAGCACAGCUACUUGCCUUAAUUUUAGAGUUACUCACAUUUUGUGUGGAACAUCACACAUAUCACAUUAAAAACUAUAUUAUGAACAAGGACUUGCUAAGAAGAGUCUUGGUCUUGAUGAAUUCAAAGCACACUUUUCUGGCCUUGUGUGCUCUUCGCUUUAUGAGGCGGAUAAUUGGACUUAAAGAUGAAUUUUAUAAUCGUUACAUCACCAAGGGAAAUCUUUUUGAGCCAGUUAUAAAUGCACUUCUGGAUAAUGGAACUCGGUACAAUCUAUUGAAUUCAGCUGUUAUUGAGUUGUUUGAAUUUAUAAGAGUGGAAGAUAUCAAGUCUCUUACUGCACAUAUAGUUGAAAACUUUUAUAAAGCACUUGAAUCGAUUGAAUAUGUUCAGACGUUCAAAGGAUUGAAGACUAAAUAUGAGCAAGAAAAAGACAGACAAAAUCAGAAACUGAACAGUGUACCAUCUAUAUUGCGUAGUAACAGAUUUCGCAGAGAUGCAAAAGCCUUGGAAGAAGAUGAAGAAAUGUGGUUUAAUGAAGAUGAAGAAGAGGAAGGAAAAGUGAUUGUGGCACCAGUGGAAAAAUCUAAACCAGAAGAUGAUUUUCCAGAUAAUUAUGAAAAGUUUAUGGAGACUAAAAAAGCAAAAGAAAGUGAAGACAAGGAAAACCUUCCCAAAAGGACAUCUGGUGGCUUCAAAUUUACUUUCUCCCACUCUGCCAGUGCUGCUAAUGGAACAAACAGUAAAUCUGUAGUGGCUCAGACAACACCAGCAACUUCUAAUGGAUCCUCUUCCAAAACCACAAACUUGGCUACGUCAGUAACAGCCACCAAGGGAAGUUUGGUUGGCUUAGUGGAUUAUCCAGAUGAUGAAGAGGAAGAUGAAGAAGAAGAAACAUCCCCCAGGAAAAGACCUCGUCUUGGCUCAUAAAAUAUUUAUUAGGGGACCCUCAACAUGUGGUCUUAAAAUGCUGCAACUGUUCAAUGAGCUGUAAAUCCGAAUCAGAAAGCUUUCUCAAUUGAACUUAGAAAAUAUACAAGGAGUAGCAAAAGACACUCAAUAUAUCAGCUAAGGGAGUUUAGUUCUACUAAAAAAAACAGGCUUCCCAGGAACUUCAUUGCUUGCCAGUAAUUAAGGGGUUUGCCUUUUAGGCUGUCAAAACAAACGUUAAUAACCAGAACCUGGGAGACAGCUUCUCAGCAAGGAAAAGUCACAGGUUUUGGGACAGUUUAGGGGAGGGGAAAAGGUUGAUAUAAUAAUGCAGGGUUGCUCCUCGGGGUGUUGAUCUAAAAACAAUUUUACAGAACUUCAGUUGUAAACUCAAUAACAUUACUUGUAUAAUGGUGCUGGCCAUGUUGUUUUAAUCAGUUGCCUCUUUUUAAAAGAAAUUUUUAUGGAAAACACAUUCAACUAUCAUUUAAAAAAUGAAGUUAAGCUGUUGGGACCAUUUAUUUAAGAUUUAACAAAAGUUCAGCCUUUUAGGUAGUUGAAGGGAAGUACACCCCAUAUUCAGCACAUGUUGAAUUUUCUACACCAGGAAUUUUCAAUAUGUAUAUUGAUGAAAACAAGCUCAAUUCAAACUGGACAGUUUUAAGAUAAUGUUAAAAUCAGCACUUUUAGAGACAGUGAAGGCCAAGAAUCAGUACAGUAGUAUUCCAAAAUGAUUUUCUCUAGAAAUUUGAAAGUGGAUAGAACAGAAUGUUUUCAACCACCUACCAGUACAAUCUUUUGUGGAAGAUACUUUGAAAUCACUUUUUGCUUUGUUAGUAAAGUUCUCUCUCUUUCCAGAGCUGCAAGUUUUAAAGUGUUACUUAUACAGACCAACAAAGAAUAGUGCUGAAUUAAGUGGCAUUUAGUAUCUAGAAGCCAUUUUGAUCCAAGAAGCGACUUGUCAAAGUCAGCAUGCAGCACAUGUAGCUUUUCUGUAAACAAGGGUGUGAUAUGAAAGCUGCUUUUUUAAGAAGAGUAAAAGCACAUUCCACGUACGUAAGUGAAUUUUAAAAUUAAAUUGAGGCAAACAGUUACGUUUUAUUUUUAGAGCAACAAGUUAACUGUACAUAUUUUAAUGUUAGUUUGCUCAUCUAUGAUCUGAGAUCAUGCCGAAGUGAGAAAAAUGUCCCCAAAAUACAAUUUAAUGCAUUGGGAAAAAAAAUUUUUAAUAGUAAUUCCAGCCACAAUCUUUAGAUCACCCUUGUAAUGUGUUAUGGGUCCAUUUUUCCUGGAAUAGUUUAAUCUGAAGCAGUUUCCCCUGUUUUGGAGAUUUUGUAGUUAAUUUUAAUUUUGGCUGUUUGGAAAAGAUGAGCUGUCUGUGUAGAUAUGAAGUAUAGUUUUUCCAUAAAACAGAUGUUUAUUUUGUAUUAAAAAUACCACUGUACUUGUUUUACACCAUUUGUAUACAUGUGGUGAUAUUAAUGCUAAACUGUAAAAUUCAGGAAUUAAAAUGUGACCCUGUAAUUCCAUAA